UUUGUUUGUCUGUCUGCUAGCCAAAAAAAAGCCCACGAAGAAGAAAGGGAAGAAGACGUUGCUGCUGCUGCUCGGAGAAGCCGACUCCACAGCAGAUUUUAUCCACCGUGAGGAGACUCUUUCCUGGAGGACCGGCUGGGGCAUUCCGGCACUUUGAGCGUUGUGGAAUGGGAAACCUGCUGCUCACCACCGGCAUCUUCUGGACUGAUUCUACAACAUCAGCAAAUGACACAAAUGGGGGGAAGUUUGCAACCAGGAGGAUCAGAAAUCGCAUGAUUUAUUAUUAUGCAGCCUCACAAGAGACAGGGGUUAAGAGAGGCCCUGCCAAAGACUCCCAUAGAACGUCUGCUCUUGUCCCCAGCUCACCCCUCGAUGUCUCCUCCACCGCUCCUUCCUCCCCCCUCACAGAUUCACCUUCACACACUCGUGCCUCCUCCCACAGCCAAUCAGAUUCCACUUCCGACUCCACUUCACGUCCUCUUCUUCUCUUCUUCGCCUGGCUCGGUGCCCAGCCGGGGACUGUGGCCAAAUACAGGGACCUCUACAUGCAGCGAGGCAUGGACGUCCUCCUGGUCCAGAGCAGCGUCAUGCAUUUCCUGUGGCCUCGAUGGGGGCUUGAAUAUGGGUCGGAAGUGUUAAAGGUUCUAGAGGAGCCGCAGUUCUUAGACAGGCCGGUGCUGGUACACUCCGCCUCCAUUGGUGGCUACACUUUCACCCAGAUACUCACCCACAUCUCACAGGAACCUGAAAAACACGCAGGCCUUGCACAGAGGGUGAUAGGACACAUCUAUGACAGCUUGGUGGUUGGGACUCUUGAGCACAUGGCUAUAGGCCUCGGCAAGACUCUGGUGCCCCGCUUAGAGAGCCUGGUCAAAAACGCCGCCAUGCUCUACUUCUGGCUCUUCAAAAGCUACACGGCAGACUUCUACAACAGCAGCAUCCAUGUUUUCCACAACACCCCAAUCACCGCACCAGCCCUCUUCUUCUUCAGCGAGAACGACGCCCUGUGCAACCCAGCCGCCCUGGAGAACUGUAUUGACCUCUGGAGGAAGAGGGGCGUGACUGUGGAGAGCAGGAAGUGGAAGGAGUCCAAACAUGCUGCCCACAUGCGAUGCCACCCUGAAGACUACAUAUCUACUCUACAAAAAUACUUGAACUCACUGAAACCUCUGUCCAUCAAGGCAAAAAUGUAAAUUAUGAGAGGCGUGAGAGCUAGAUUGCACUGAAUAGUUACUGUAUGUUACUUUAAUAUUCUCAAGAAAGCACACUGAUUCCAUCAACUCCUAACUUUGUGAUCAAGAUAAGUGUGAUUUAAAUCAGACUUUCUCUCCUGUAUGCAUUUGUAUUUAUUUGUAUUUGUUCAGAUUUUAAACAAGAGUAUGCGUUAAGUUAUGAAAUGUAUUUAUUCAAUUACUGCUGAGGUACUGCCCUGUGAUGCUUGAUUUGCACAUGAAAUGUUUGCUAACAAGCUAUUUUUGCACGUGACACUAGAACUGUCUAGUAGAAAAAAAUGUGACAAAUCAUAUUUUCAGAUUUCCAAUAAAAAAUGUCAUGUUUCAAACCUG